CUCAGCUGAAGAACUGAAAUAAACAGCAUGGAGUGUGAGCAGCGGUUGAAUUGGUUAAUGUUUGCAAUGAUAUGUCCUCUUAUUGCCGGUGCUCCAUCCUCCAUGUCCAAAAGACACGGAUCAUGUCCCGAGGCGAAUCUAAACAUUGUUGGAGGGAGCUUUGUUCCUUCAAAUGGCUAUUCAGAUGGGAGUGUUCUAAGAUACAUCUGUCCGGAUGGAUAUUACCCAUCUGUUCAGUCGCGUCGUUGUCAAUAUGGACUUUGGACCCCAAAGCCUAGUGCCAGAAAACCCCCAGAGUGCAAAAAGGUCACAUGUCCCAAUCCUCAUGUUUUGGAGAAUGGAGACGUGACCCCAUAUAAAAACUACUACUAUGUAAAUGACACAACCACCUACUCAUGUCAUUCCGAUUAUAAGUUCCGUGGCUCGGCGGUCCGUGUUUGCAAGUCUAAUGGGAAAUGGAAUGGAACCACACCAAUCUGUGGACGUGACUCUGAUCACUGUCCUGAUCCUGGCGUUCCCCCUGGUAGCAGUCGAACAGGCCACGUGUUUGACAUUGACAACAAAGUCACGUACCGCUGUGACAGUAAAUUGACCUUGAUUGGUUCCAAAGAGCGAGUCUGUCAGGAUGGUGGCCAGUGGUCAGGGACAGAGCCGCAAUGCUACGCACAUUUCACAUACGACACCCCAGAGGAAGUGUCAGAAGCAUUCAGCAGUUCUCUAAAGUCAAAUCUAGCAGUUUCUCAACAGCAUGAAGGAGAAGAUCAGCAGAGGAAGAAAAUAACUUUGGAUCAGGGUGGAAAACUUGAUAUUUACAUUGCUGUGGAUGGAUCUGGCAGCAUCGAAGAGAAGAAUUUAGACAAGGCAAAAACUACCAUUAAACUGCUUAUAGAUAAGAUCAGUUAUUACGAGGUCUCACCAAACUAUGAGAUCCUGAUGUUUGCUACGGACGUUUACCGGAUAAUCUCUAUGAGGGACUAUAAAACUAUUAAAGAUGAAGAUAAGAUUGAGAAGGUUUUUAAAGAUCUGGAAAAUUUUAGUUUUGAAGGUGAUCGCACAGGUACCAAUAUCGCCAAACUCUAUACAAACAUUUAUGAGAGCAUGACAAUAGAGGAGAACACGAAUUCAACGACCUUCCUUGAGACCCAACACAUCAUCAUUGUGUUCACUGAUGGUCAUGCAAACAUGGGGGGGAAUCCUAUACCUAAAGUGAACAAGAUCAAACAUCUCAUCAUCAAAAAUGAUCCAAAGCGAGAGAAGAAACUUGAUCUUUAUGUAUUUGGAAUUGGAAACGAUGUACAUAAAGAUGACAUGAAUGGCUUGGUGUCACAGAGGGACCAAGAACAAUAUUUCUUUAUGGUUCCAGACUUGGACCAGGUGCAGGAGAUGUUUGACAGCAUGAUUGAUGAGAGCACCAGUGUUGAAUUGUGUGGAAUUCAUCAAAACUAUGACAAUAAUAAACGGAGUGCAUUUCCCUGGUUGGCAGAGAUUAAUGUAGCUAUGACACGUUCUUCCAACUGCAUGGGGUCAUUAGUUACCUCAAGUUACAUCUUGACAGCAGCUCAUUGCUUAAAAAACGGAGACACACCUGAUAAGAUAACAGUUCAUCUGGAAAAAGACCUGAAAGAAAAAGUGGAAAAAUUCAUACUUCAUCCUAAAUAUAACAUCACAGCAAAACAGCCUAGAAUAAAGGAAUAUUAUGAAUUUGAUGUAGCUCUUAUACAGCUGAAAGAACCUGUCACGAUGAGUGCUAAUCUACGACCUAUCUGCAUCCCCUGCACCAAAGAAACCAAUGGAGCUCUGAAACUUUCAGACAGUGAAGGGACGUGCAUAAGACACGAGGAAUUACUAAUGAGCAACGAACUUGUGGAAGCUUCUUUUACGUCCAAAAUGAAAAGAAAAACAGAAACUACCGGUUCUGUACCAAAAGUACCAGAAAAAAUAAGAAACAUCAAGAUCAAGCGUGGGAAAUAUCGGGAUGCUUGUGUUGAAGAUGCAAAAAAAGCAGAAGGAAUCAAUGUGACAAACGCAAGAGAUGUAGUUACAGACAAUUUUCUGUGCAGUGGUGGUAAUGAACCACAAACAGAUGAUGUUGCCUGCAAAGGUGAAUUCGGUGGGGCCACUUACAUAAGUAAAAAAGGUCGACUGAUUCAGGUUGGUGUCGUAAGCUGGGGAGUGAAGGACAUUUGCACAAAAAGAAACCCGAACCCCGUUUCCCAAGCAGACACCAGAGAUUACCAUACAAAUCUGUUCAGUGCGGAUAUACUAUCAUUCCUUAAAAAACACCUAGGAAAUGACGCAAUAGCCAACCCUCUAACGUUCUUCUGAAUGUUUUAGCAGACUGAAACUGUGUGAGUGCAAUUUGAUAAAACACUUUGAUAAAUUUUCCUUGAUAUAUACACUUUUUUUUAAGUCAAAUAGCUGGUCUUUGUUAAAAAAAUAA